AUGAUAACUCGCUCGAUACCGACGCAUCAGUCUUCAGCAUCGUCCUCGUUAGCCGACUCGCAUCCGCUUCCGUCGACAAUGCAGACAGAUGACAGGACGUCCGUGCGGCAAACUGAUGAUCGUAGUAGUGCUAUCGGUAGCGACGGACAGGACAGCAAACAGGAGCGAAUAGAGUACAAGACUAACAAGGCUAGCGGCAGCCGAAAUGCAUUGGAUGACAUCGAAAAAGGCGAUUCCGUAAAACAGCGAACACAACCAGAUAUCCCGGGAUCUGCAUUCUACGCAGCGUCUCAGCAACGACCUCCCAGUAACGCUGAGGUAUUUCUACAGAACUGUUCUGAACAUAUUCGCGAACGCAUCGCUGCCUUCAGGGUCACGUUAGGGAUUCCAUCCGGACCGGACGCCUUCUUGAACUUCAGCCGUCUAGUCAGUAGUUCAUCUUUGGAGACUUACAAACCGUCAGCGUUGUCCAUGUCUUCUGUGCCGUACGGUGCUAAUGACCAAAGUCUCUCCACGGUAGCCAUCAGCUUAUCUGGGGACAGCUUGCUGGCUGUCGCAGGAGCCCCCAUGUCACCUUCGCACCGUGACAACGAUAAUCCGUGGCACACAACGGAUUCGGAAAUGAGCGCAAAUCCAUCAACAACACAACGAAGCCUCGCUGCUGCGUGGCAGGACGAAAGCAGCGGAAACGCCGGUCGAAUGAUGUCGAGAGCAUCAACGACGGUGCCAAGCUUAGUGGUAGACAACAACGGUAGCAACGUCAGCUUGUCGCUCGUCGGUAGUACGAUGCUACUGCUGCCCUCGAGCGUACCAAUGACGCCGGGGUCCCAACCACAGCUUCCACAGUUCCCACAACAACAGCAGCAGCAGCAACAACAGCAACAGCAACGACAUCGAACGAUCAACUCGAUGAACCUUAAUCCAACUACACCGGCGAUGGUGGUGAAACCGGUUAACGAACACCGGAAGCUGCUGAAAAGUACCGGGCCGAUACUGAACUACGUCUUCGAUUCGCAUCCACCGUACUACAAGUCCACCUACUACAACACGCGGUACGGACCGCACUUUGAAACGGACAACGUAACCAACAUCACCGUUCAGAAUGGUGAUGAUUUAUUUCUAAGUUGUAGGAUAAGCUUGCUACAGGACAAAACGGUGUCCUGGGUCCGGCGGAAACACGGCGAAACGGACCUGCAGCUGCUAACGGUAGGGAAGCAGACCUACUCCGGUGACUCGCGGUACACGAUCGAGUUCCAGUACCCGAACAACUGGCGGCUGAAAAUUGCUGCCGCCAGCAAAAGCGACGAGGGCGUCUACGAGUGCCAGAUAUCGACGCAUCCGCCCAAAGUGAUAAUCUACUAUCUGCAUGUUAAUGCACCGGAAAUCCUGAUCGUCGACGAGGAGGGCGAACCGCUGUACGAUAAAUACUACGAGGUGGGGUCGACAAUAAAACUGAUGUGCCGAAUACGUCACAUGUCGAUGCUGCGAUCCGCCGUUUAUUGGAUCCACAACGACAACAUCCUGAAUCACGAUGUGCAACGGGGCGGCAUCAGUGUCAAGACGAACCUUACCAACAUCGGUGCCAACUCGACUCUGUUCGUGGCCAAAGUGAACAAACAGGACUCGGGCAGUUACACGUGUUCGAUUGGACCAAACCAGCACUACAGCGUCUCCGUACACGUUCUAAAUGGCACAGCCAAUCCGUACGGAAUUUAUCAGCGAUCGUGUGCCUUCUCCGCACUGCUCGAAGCAGUCGACGUAAAGUUCAUCCUGCAGCAGCUCGUUCUCGUUCUGGUGGCAAAGUACCUGCUCGGCAGAUAG